UGCUCACCGAGCUCGCGCGGGUCCCCUCUACGUCCUCGUCUAAUCUGCGCUACCUCUCCACACUCUCUUGUCGCUCGUUACUCUUGCUUUCGACCCCGCAUACCCCCUAUCUUUAUUGCCUAUCAAAAUGCCCGUCCAGGACCGCACCAACGAGUUCCGGGCAUGCGUGGAGUCCAUCCGGAACAGGUCGACCUUCUCCUCGAAAGGCGCGGAGCAGAAGCAGCGCCUGCUGCAGACGAAGGCGGAGGGGAGCAAGUCGGAGUUCACGCGGAUGGCCUCUUCUAUUGGCAAGGACAUUAGCAGUACGACGGUGAAGCUGGGCAAGCUCGCACAGCUUGCCAAGCGGAAGACCUUGUUUGACGAUAGGCCUGUGGAGAUCAGUGAACUCACCUAUAUCAUCAAACAAGAUAUUGCGAACAUCAACAAGCAAAUUGCCCAACUGCAAGCGUACGUAAAGCAACGUAAAGCGCAGGGUCCCAAGUCUCCGGAGGGCAAGCAGCUGGAGGAGCACAACCACAAUGUCGUCAUGCUCCUGCAGAGCAAGCUGGCGGAUACCAGCAUGUCAUUCAAGGACGUGCUCGAGAUCAGAACGCAGAACAUGAAGGAGUCGAAGGACCGGACCGAGCAGUUUAUGCACUCCACAACCGCUGCGGCCAGCCAACCACCUCCAAGUUCGCUCUUGUACGGCAAUACCCAGCGUCAGGACCCUAUGGGUGACGGUAGCUCCCUGACGUCGUCUCGGUUCGAUUCCAAAGGGAAAGGCCGUGCGUCGUACAAGAACAACGGCGACAUCCUUGCCCUUGACCUCGGUGCGGCAGAGGAGGGCGCGGCGCCCCAACAUGGGGAUGCGUUCAUGCAGAUGCAGAUAGUCGAGCAACAGGAUAGCUACAUCCAAACGCGUUCGACAGCCAUCGAGUCCAUUGAAUCGACUAUCGCCGAGCUCGGUCAGAUAUUCACUCAGCUGGCUCAGAUGGUGGCGGAGCAGCGGGAAACCGUCCAACGCAUCGACGCGGACACCGUCGACAUCGCAUCCAACGUCAGCGGCGCGCAACGAGAACUCCUCAAGUACUAUGCGAGCAUCUCGAGUAACCGUUGGCUGAUGCUGAAGGUCUUCGGAGUAUUGAUUGUUUUCUUCCUCGUGUUCAUCCUCGUCUCAUAAUCUGUCUCUGCUGGCUGGCCGGUCUAUGUGUAGGUUCAAGUAAUAGGAGUAUGGACACCUAGGAUAUAGAGCAUUUGAUUCCCACUGCCUUAGCCUUCUAGCACGGCCGUGAUACCCCCGUCGACAUAUAACAAAGAGCCCUCAACCAACCGGAAUAGCGUUGACGCCAGUUCCCUGUGGUCUUGAUGUUCGCUCGGUCUUCUUCUUGCUGCCUCUUUUGCGUUUUGAGCCGUCGUCACCAGCUUCCGGGAUCGACCAUGUUCGCUCCUUCGACGGCUGCUGUUCCACGCCCGAGGUGGUCGAGUACCGUUGCGGACGUUCGACCUGCGCCUCGCCCUCGCCGACCGUCCUCGGUUUUUUCGACACAAUCUGCUGCCUUUGCUCAUGCAGCUCCCUAUUCCGCUUCUUGACCUUCUCCAGCCUAUUUUCGCUCUUGCCGCCGCCUCCUGCAGUAAGUUCGACGUUGAUCUUGCGGCCUUCGAUGUCGGACUGGUGCAGCUUCAGACCCUGCUGCAACGCGUUCCUGUGCGAGAACUCCACAAAUGCGAACCCCUUGGAUUUCGCGGUGGGUCUUGAGGUAGCGGACGGUUUUGGUGUCAUGAGUCGGACAGUUGGUGGAGGAUCGCAUUUUGCGAAGUGUUUCUCAACCGCCUCUUUUGUCGUAGUGUACUUCAAGUUACCGACAAACAAAAUAAACCGCUGCUUCCCCUGGGGCUUCUUGCUGUCCGCCUUCUUCGCAUCCUCCCCUACCGCAUCCCCUGCAGCCACCCCUGCACCGUCUGCGCCUUUCCGCUUUUUCUUGGUAUUCUUCUCCCCCGCGCCGUCCUCUUUC